UUUAGCCUCUUCCUCUAAUAGGCGGCAUGAAGAAUGUGUGUUUUAUGUCAUCUACAGUCUCUCACAUGCGUCCUAUUCUCUCGUUUCAACUCGCGCAAGAAGUGACAGGCUCCAGCCGUGUGCCCUGACUGUGUGGUUUACGCGUCUCCGUGCAGGGCUUUUUUAAAAAUUGUAUUUGGCUCUUCAUUUUUUUCAUUGUACUCGCAUGUUCCGUUUCCAUUGGUUUUGCGUUACGCGACCUAAAUGAAUACCUGAGGAAAGAACAAGGGAGCGUGCGUUUUUUUAAAGUUGUGAAAUCCGAUAGCUGCAGGAAAGAAAAAAAAAGUGCCUGUAAUGAGAAGCAACCUUUGGAAUUCCUCCUCGUGAAAAUUCCGAUUCUGCUGUUUUCCCCUCUCCUCUUGUUUUUAGGCUUGAAGACAUGAUCACUAGCACCAGUAUUUAUGGUCUAAAGAUGCAGUGGACCCCAGAGCACACACAAUGGGCAGAGCAGCACUUUGACAUCUCAUCCACUACCCGCUCGCCAGCACACAAAGUGGAGGCAUACCGGGGGCACUUACAGCGAACGUACCAGUAUGCGUGGGCAAAUGAUGACAUCUCUGCACUGACUGCCUCCAAUCUGCUUAAGAAAUAUGCAGAGAAGUACUCUGGGAUCCUAGAGGGUCCAAAUGAAAGGGCCCUGCUGUGUUCCUACUCUGAUAGCACCACUGGACUCAUGAAUGGACGAAAGUCAGAGAAUGAGCCCUGGCAGGAGGGGAUUUACCCAAUGAACUGUGCUCCAGAUGUUAUAUCUGUGAGCAAAGCUGGAAUGACAGCUGCCCUACCCCCUACAGAUGUGUCGGCUAGCAUAGGCAGCUCCCCAGGGGUGGCCAGCAGCUUGUCUGAGCCUAGCUAUUCCAGCAGUAACUGUGGGAGCCACACAGCCACUACUCUCCACUCGGGCCUCCCCUCUCAGGAAUAUACUGCCAGCUACAAUGGCUCCUACCUUCAUUCUAGCUACAGCGGCCAGAGUACCCCAGCCCUCCCCUCUCCACACCCCUCUCCUUUGCACAGUGCUGGGCUCUUACAACCACCACCCCCGCCUCCUCCCCCUACCUUAGUGCCGAGCUACAAUGCUGGGUCUCCAAACCUUCCCAACUACAAUUACCCUCCAACAGGCUAUCCUUCUCAGGCUGCUGUUGGCCCUGGUUAUAGCCCUGGUGGAGCGCCCCCUCCUUCUGCUUAUCUGCCGUCCGGUAUUGCAGCUCCGACACCAAUCCCUCCUUCCACACUUCCUGGCUACACCUACCAGUCCCAUAACCAUACACCAAUUGCACCAACACCUUUGAAUGGCAGCACAUCCAACUCAUUAAAACGAAAAGCUUUCUACAUGAGUGGACAUGGAGAUAUGGACUCUAGCUUUGGCAAUUUUAACUACAACCAACAGCGCUCUUCACAGAGCCCCAUGUACAGAAUAGCAGACAGCAGUAUCUCAGACUCAAACAGAGGCAAUGGCUUUGACAGGAAUGCUGAGGCAUCAUCUUUAGCAUUUAAGCCAACCAAACAGCCAAUGUCUACUGAUCAACAAAGAAAAUUUAUUAUACACUCUGGCAGAGCACUAACUCCCCCAUCCUAUGGAUCAACCAAAAGCUCUGUUGGUGAUCUCAGAACUGGUGAGCCCUACAGCAAGUUUGGAUCCCCCAUCAUGAGCGAGCAAACUGAAGAGCACAGACAGCACCUCUCUCACUCCCUAACAGGGCCUGACAUUGGUACGGCUACCUCGUCUAUCCAUGCUGCAGAGGAACAACUGAAGAACAGUGACUCCAACCUGGUGGAGAUGGUGACCACAGAAAUCCUUCAGCAGGGCCCUCCAGUGGACUGGAGUGACAUCGCGGGUCUGGAUAUGGCCAAAGCAGUCAUCAAAGAGGAGAUACUAUGGCCCAUUUUAAGGCCAGAUAUGUUUAGUGGACUUGCCACAUUACCUCGGAGCCUCCUUUUAUUUGGACCUCAGGGAACUGGUAGAACAAUGCUGGCCCACUGCAUGGCCAGCCAACUGGGGGCUGCCUUCUUGCGACUCAGCAGCUCAGCUCUGGUGACCAAGUGGCUAGGGGAAGGGGACAAGAUCAUCCAGGCUUCUUUCCUGGUGGCCCGAUGUCGCCAGCCAUCUGUGUUGUUCAUCAGAGAGGUGGACCUGUUGCUGUCGGCCCAGCUAAGUGAGGAGAGCCCAGUGAAUCGCCUCAAGGCUGAGCUCCUCAUGCAGCUUGACAGUAUUCUGACCUCUGCUGAGGACCAUGUCCUUGUGGUAUGCUCCACCAAUAAGCCUGAAGAGAUCCCAGAGUCCCUACGGAGGUACUUUACCAAGCGACUGCUCAUCCCCUUGCCUGAUGGGACAGCACGACACCAGAUAAUCAGCCAACUGCUCUCACAGCACAACUACUGUCUUAGUGACAAAGAGAUGUCACUACUAGUUCAGAGGACAGAGGGUUUUUCAGGACUGGAUGUGGCCCAGCUGUGUCAAGAGGCUGUGGUAGGUCCUCUCCAUGGCAUUCCUGGUGCUGACCUGUCAAGCAUCCACCCCACUCAGAUGAGACCGGUCUCCUACCAAGACUUUGACAAUGUGUUUUGCAAAUUCCAGCCCAGCAUAUCACAAAAAGAACUUGACAUGUACACUGAGUGGAAUAAAAUGUUUGGUUGUAGUCAAUGAAAGUGACCCAUCAAACACAGUUUGUUUAAACCCAGUUAGUUGAAUACAGAAGUGUUUGGCCUUCAGUGAACAAGAAAUAUAACAAACAGUGGUGACAUGAACAUACUAUAUACAGCAAAGGGAUUGUCCUUGAAGGCUUUAGACAGAACAUGACAGUCUGGACAUCACACAUUGGUAUAAAUUAAUUAAAUGCUUUAUGUGGCUGAUGCCAUUUCCUCACUAAAACUCAACCAACUUGGAGAAGAUGCCCCCCGUUUUUGUAUAUACAUAUAUAUAUAUAAAUAUAUAUACAUACUAUUCUGCUGAUCUUGAGAUUUAGUUGCUAUCAAGUGCCUGAGGUGGUGCUGUUUAAGUUUUUUUUUUCACAAUCUUCAUUGGUGACAUGUGCUAAUAUAUAUAAAAAAAGCUUUAAAAUGAGACAAAAAACUUGCUUUCUCUUUUCCAUUAGAACAGUGUUCUACAGCUGUGUCUGUUUCGUGCUCUCUGUGAACAGUUGUGGUUAAUUUGAUCUUGAUUAAAUUUAUUGACAUACAGUUGGGCUUCAUUACCGUACACAGAUUUUAUGUAUGUGUAAAUCCUUGAAUUACAAUAACACUGACAUACUUUUUUUUUGCUGAUACAAUACGAUUUGUUUUCAAGCAAACUAAAUUUGGUUGCUGUACUAGCCUCUCCACAAUAGAUGAAAUUACAAAAACAAACAUUACUUUACAAUGUGACUUCAAUCAAAACAAGACAUGAAUAUAUAAUUGCUGUUAAGAUAUUGUUACAGUAGUAAUUUACAGUGUUUCACAUAAAUGUAAAAUCCUACCAUUAUUUCUUUUGAUGUUCUCUAUUGGAAAACUCAGGAAAGUGAUAAUGAUAUGUAUAGUACCUCAUAAGCUUGUGUCGAAGCACUACACACUAAAAGAGCAUUUGGCUUGCAUUUGAAAUUCCACCAUCAAACCAUGUAAAGCUAUAUAAUACCUCAAAAAGCUCAAAAUGAAAUGAGAAGGUUCCUACAAUGAAUGUAUGACAGUAAUUCUGGUUUAUUUACAAGACAAAAAAGUCAUUCGUUUGGGGUUCUUUACCAUCUAUAGUUUGUGCUGAUGCAGAGCUGAGAGAAAUCCGAAAGGUUCAGACAAACAUCUUGGGGUUGAGGAAGACAACUGCCCCGAGCUAUUUCAUUCCAUCCAGCUGCCGUUUUAUCAUUAAUGAAACCUAAGGAUUAUGUAUAGCCUAAGUUCCUUUCUACCUCAGUUUGUUAGUUAUCUCUGAAAGACAAAUUCAUGAAGACAGCAAAAUGUCAGCACCUGUUCUGCCUGUUUGAUGAGGAAACCUUUUGAGAGAACACCAAACGGUAUUUUGUUGUGUGCAAAAUCUAUUAGCUUUACAUUUUGAUAACUCCCAAGAACCCUGUUUCUCACCACAUAAUGCUCUUAAAGGGGAAUACCACUGAAUAUCGGGUUUGGGAUACGCUAUGCCUUUGCCUUAGGACAAUUUGGUCUGUAUUAGCUGACAUUCACCACUGGAUCUUGUUGCCAUUGCUUGUUUGGCCCCUGAAUCUGUGAUGUCAAAUAGAAAAUCUAGAUGUGACAGUAUUCGCAGUGAUGUUUGGGAUGGAUUUUCUGGCUUGAAACCAAUUCUAUUAUUUUAUAAGUUUACAGAAGAAUUGGUUCGACUGUUUUGGGCCAUAAUUGUAACAUUCAUGAAUUGAGUGGCAUUCCUUUUUAAGAACAUGUCUUGAAGGCUAGUCUCACUGUACACAAAACUGUUAUUUUCACUCUGUUGUCAUUUUCACACUUAAACUGUUCUGUUUACAGUGCUAUUAAUCACUACUUGAUGCCAUUAAUCAGUACAAUUCCAUGCAACAUUUUUUGGCAAUGAAGGAGCAGGACUGACAGCUGAAUUGGCAAGUAAAAACGUUAUUGAAUGUAUUAUGUCCUCUGAGCAGUAAGGAAAGAAAAGCACUCGCACAUUGAAAAAUGCCACUGAAGUAGAUAGCACUGUAGGUGUAGGCGUAUAAUACUGCAGAGGCACUAAAGGACCUUGUGUUUGUUUUUUAAAGGAGGUCCCUUCAUGUUUGAUGCCUAUUGCACAUGUUUUACCUGUUCUUUUUCUGUUGGACAGUGUGCGUAUUGAUCACUGCCACCUGGUUUGGUAUCAUUGACUCUUCCAGACCUUAAUUAGGAUGUAUCCAGAGCAUCCAGACAAUAUCGGAGAAAGCUAGCAAGCUUGACAACAUUAAUAUCUUGUUGUAGUUUCACAUUAUCUGUGUUAUAUAUUUAUAUGUACUCCAGUCGUAAGAUGGGUGACAGCAUUUUCAUUGAAUGCACACUCACUGAAGUUAUUGGUAAAACGUUUGCCUCAACCCCACACUAUUUGAUCAACCCAGAAGCAGGAUUAUUAUUUGUUAAAUUCAAAACAUUGACCAUAAGAUACAUUUUGUCCACCUAUAAGUAACUGAAAAGAAACACUGUAGAAUAUGAAUGCCCAUUUAUAUUUGUAUCGUUUUCUUAGAUUGUAUGGAUGUGGGUCCUUUGAUUUUAACUUCAAAAUACUUUUCACAAUUGACUGGGUCACUUCUAAAGAUGUAUUACCCCAAAGUUACAUAUCUUUAAUAGAAAACUUUAAAGAGGUAUUCAUUGUUUUCAUUCAUGCUGUUCAAAAGAAGUUUGAUUACACUUAGACCAAGCUCUUUUUUUUCUGCGACUUAUAGGUCCAUAUAGCCAAAUUUGUUUUUAAGUGUCCAUUUGGAAGCUUCAAGAAAACCAUGUAGUUACACAGGAAAUUGGGCCUUUAUUUGAAGUAGUACAGUAGUAAGUGAGAAAAGAGCUUAAACAAUUCAAGAGCGCCUCUUAAUAUUGUCUCAUUUAAUAUUACACUUUGAGGUGUUUAUUGGUUGGUAUUUCCUCGAAGCCAAAGCAAAACAGCUUUCUUAUCAAUUUAAUGAUUUGUUCUAAGAAGUUGUAAGGUUCAGUGUAAGCUGCAGAUAGUUGACACUGGCAAAUUUAUAGCACUCUCACAGGGCAUUAUUAAGUUAUUUUAUGAUGGUAUAUCAAAAAUAUUCUCAAGAGAUAUGUGACUUUUGUUAAGCAUUUUCAGUUUGUGAACAGUCAUUCGGCUCUUCCUGAAGUACAAAUAGAAACAUUGCUAAUUUGUUUAUCUUUAAAAAAAAAUGCAACAUAGAUAUUAGCAGAAAAUGUUACAUGCAACCCAGUGUACUGUCGCACUGGAAUAUCAUUUCUGCAUCCAUGAUUGCUAAUUUUAAGAAGUAAUUCUUGACAAGAAUGCGAUAAGAAGCCUCAAGUGCCGUUAACAAGUGUAGAUUUCACGAGUUUAAGAGGUUGACUGUUGAUGAACUGACAGAGAUGUAGGUUAAAAAGGGGAAAUGUUCCACUCAAAUUAAGUAGUACUUGCAAUCACUCUGAAAACAACAGAUCUCGUCACAUAUUAUCUUCUUUUUUUUUUUUUGCUUUUUUAAAUUUGUCUCACUAACAGUGCAAUAGAGCACAGUGUAACACAAGGCACAUGGAUAAGAAGUUACAUUUGUCUGUUUUUAAUUGUCAUCACCAGACAGUUAAAACCUAGAUCUGAUAUGAGAAAAACAAUUACUCAUUUAUUUAGAAAGGGUGUAUAUUUCACAUGCUAUAGCUGUUAUCAUUAAAAAUAGUCUUUUGUUGUUGAGGGCGAUGUAAUGAAAGGGCCAACAGUCAUAAACAACACUUGAGCAGAACCUAUAAUAAGCACAUCGAGUCUCACAGUGAUGCCAACUCAGUCACUUGAAUUGCUUUUUUUCAAAAUCUGUCAGUAUUUCUGUGAUUACAUUUUGUUGAGAACUGCUUAAGAUUUUGAUUCCAUCCUUCUGUAGUUUUAUAGUGUGGCUUCUUUAUAACCAUUUCUACCUCAUUGCUACAUAUUGUACAUGUAGUACCUAUGUCCUGUCGUUUUGAAUGUCAUGCAUUUGUGGAUAAAAAGUUAAAACAACAACAAAAAAAUUUAACAAAAAUAAUAAUAAAAGCUUGCCCUUGAAUCAGAGCAGUCUACCUCAAAAAGACUGUCUUUACACUGUCAAGUACAAGUCAAAGAAAAAAAUAAGGCACCUUGAAGGCAAAGAUGAAGUUAACCUGCACAUACUGACGUACAGUUUAUUUACAAUACCAUGUUUCCAUUAAAUUGUUGUGGGCUGUGUAGGUCUUCUACAAGGUCGCCAAUGCAAAUUAAUUUACUAAAAAGUACAGUAACAAAUUGCUUUAACCCUUUGUUAAUUGUUGUAGUGCGCAUGUUAAUGUGUAUGUAUGUGCACUUGCAAUUCCACAUGCAAGUAUGAGGGAUAACAUUAAGAUAUGAAAAAUCUGAGUUUUUACUUUUCAUAUACAUGUACAGAGAAUAAACUUGCACAUAGCUGUACGUAUUGUACAUUUGCUAAUGAUAUACAGCAUACAUACGAAAAAUGCACCACAAACAUGUUUAUAUGUGUGUAUGUAUUGCCAUACUUACAGUACAGUCAGUUUAAAUGUAUUUUAAUUUCAAGGUACAUAAAGGUUACUGAAAUACUGAAUAAAGAUGUUUUCUUUUUUUCCUGAAAACUGGAUGCAUUUUGUACCUUUACUUGAUUAAAUUUGCAAUGGUGUUAUUGAUUUAAGCCUGUGCUAUUUCCGUUUCAAGCUAUUUUCUUGUGGAAGACAAUGUUCAAUCCAUGACAACUUGAAUCAUAAUUUCUUUAUUUAACUGGUGUUAUAGUGAGAGUAAUUUAGUUUGCAGCAGUUUACAGAGGCUGAUUUUAAGGCUUACUUUUUAUUACACUUCUCCCACCAAUACACCUCUCAUGAUCCAUAAUAAUUUAUAAAUCCAUACUGGCUGUUUUUAUUAGAAAAUGAAUUAACAGCCAUGCUUAAAAUUCCUCUUUCAUGGUAUCAUUAAGUAGUAGGUGUUAUAAGCGUGGGAAGUUUCUGUGCAAUUAACAUGAAUGAGAAAAGACACAGUAUAUUGUGUCAGUGUUGGUAAUUCUCUUUUUUUAUCCUGUGAGUACACCAAUAUGAGCUGUGGGUGCAGUUCAUCAUUAGAUCUAACUCAUAUAUUUCAUGAUUCUUAACACGGGGUGAAAAACACAGAAAAGAAAUCUAAUACAUUUUGUACUUGUAUUAUGUCAUUUAUGCCAAAUCAUUUGGGGAGACAUCCAUACUUUGCACUGAAAAUUGUAAAUAAAACAUGUUUUCAUUUCCAUAGAGCUUUUCUAAAUAAAGACUUGAGUUGUACAUGA